CGUACUACAGUUGCGCAGUGAGUCUACCCCAUCUACUGUUUCUCCUCCUAAUACCGGUUGUUUGUCAGUUAUAUGGCGAUAGGCUGGUUGUCAGUGGUGUUAGAUCACUGAAAACUAGCAGAAGGUUUAUCAGUGCAGUAAGGUGCUCUGGGCUGUUAUUAGCAGUGUGCUAUGGUAUAGGGGCAAUAACAAACAACAGUGUGCCGAGUGAAAGAGGUGGAGGCAGAGCGGUGGCACCAUGAAGUUCGCGGAACAUCUUUCGGCUCACAUCACCCCCGAGUGGAGAAAACAGUACAUUCAAUAUGAGGCAUUCAAGGAGAUGCUGUAUGCAGCCCAAGACCAAGCACCUUCAGUAGAUGUUACGGAUGAAGAUACAGUAAAGAGGUAUUAUGCCAAGUUUGAGGAGAAGUUCUUCCAGAACUGUGAAAAAGAACUUGCCAAAAUGAACACAUUCUAUUCAGAAAAGCUUGCAGAGGCCCAGCGCAGGUUCGCUACCCUUCAGAAUGAGUUGAUGUCAUCGCUUGACUCCCAGAGAGAAGGAAAUGGAGUUCCACCAGCACUUCGACAUCGUAAGAAGGCAGUCUUUACCCUUUCCCAUGAAAAACGUGUUCAGUACAGAAAUAUUAAAGACCUGAAACUGGCCUUCAGUGAAUUCUACCUCAGCCUUAUUUUGCUGCAGAACUAUCAGAACCUCAAUUUUACUGGCUUCCGCAAAAUUCUAAAGAAGCAUGACAAAAUCCUUGAAACAAGUCGUGGCGCUGACUGGAGAGUUGCUCACGUGGAGGUGGCACCAUUCUAUACCUGCAAGAAAAUCAACCAGCUUAUCACGGAAACAGAGUCUGUGGUCACCAAUGAGUUGGAACAUGGAGACCGGGGAAAAGCCAUGAAGAGACUGAGGGUCCCACCUCUUGGAGCAGCUCAGCCUGCACCCGCAUGGACCACUUUCAGAGUUGGACUCUACUUUGGAAUGUUCUUUGUGCUAGUUGUUUCCAUUGUCGUAGCAGGUGUAUUUUUACUAAAGGAUUGCAAUGUUUGGCCAUUGAUUCGGAUUUAUAGAGGAGGGUUCCUUUUGAUAGAAUUUCUUUUUCUUCUGGGCAUUAACACCUAUGGCUGGAGGCAAGCUGGAGUGAACCAUGUGCUGAUCUUUGAGCUCAAUCCUAGGAGCAACCUGUCUCACCAGCAUCUCUUUGAGGUGGCUGGUUUGCUGGGAGCUCUUUGGGGUAUGAGUCUGCUUUCCUGUGUUUUUGGAGAGAAGACCAAAAUCCCAAUGCAGGUGAACCCUUUGGCACUCUAUGGAUUCAUGCUGCUUCUGCUCAUAAACCCUACAAAAACAUUUUACUACAAGUCACGGUUUUGGCUGCUUAAGCUACUGGUAAGACCAUUCACUUGCCCAUAUUACAAACUCCACUUUUCUGACUUUUGGCUUAAUCUUCGUGCAGAUGAAAUCAAAAGCCUGGUGACGUAGUUAAAAGACCUCUCAGCAGUUAUUUGUUUCUUUUGCUUUGAUCAAGAUUGGAGCACCGAUGAUGGUCUUUUAAAAACAAGCAAAAUGUUGACGUGCAACAACUAUUCAUAUGGACUUCGUGCUGUUAUCCAGUGUCUGCCAGCCUGGUUGCGGUUUACUCAGUGCCUGCGCCGAUACAGAGACACCAAGCGUGCAUUUCCACACCUGGUAAAUGCUGGAAAAUAUUCUACCACCUUCUUCGUAGUAACAUUUGCAGCCUUGUAUAGCACCCAUAAAGAUGAUGAUGAUGAUGAUUUUAUAGUUUUUUUCUACCUGUGGAUCGUCUUUUCUGUCAUCAGUUCCUUCUACACUUUGAUCUGGGACUUGAAGAUGGACUGGGGUCUAUUUGACAAAAAUGCUGGCGAGAACACAUUUUUGCGUGAGGAGAUUGUCUACCCUCAGAAAGCAUAUUAUUACUGUGCUAUCAUUGAAGAUGUCAUCCUGCGUUUUGCUUGGACAGUCCAAAUCUCUCUCACAUCCAUGAAUGUUUUCAAUUCAGCAUCAGAUGUCAUUUCAACAGUGUUUGCACCUUUAGAAGUAUUCCGCCGGUUUGUAUGGAAUUUCUUCCGUCUGGAAAAUGAACACCUGAACAACUGUGGUGAAUUCCGAGCUGUGAGGGAUAUCUCUGUUGCACCUCUUAAUGCUGAUGACCUGACCCUUCUUGAGCAAAUGAUGGAUCAGGAAGAUGGUGUCAAAAAUCGACAGAAAACAAAACCAUGGAAGCGCAGCCAGAGCAUCACUCUUCGUCGAACCUAUAUUUCUUCACAGUUGAAAGGUCGAGAUACUAAGGUGCUGAUAGAUGACACAGAUGAUGAAGCCUUUACUUGAAAUAUUUCCACGAUUUUCACGCAACACAGAAUUAUCAACAUCUACACAGAUCAACCAGAAGCAAAGUAACGACACAUUGAAAUACCACCAGAGCUACCUACUGCAACAACUUAAACAAUCUCACUGUGUCUUUGUAAUUUUUUUUAAAUAUGUUUAGCCAGUUGGUAAUUAAUCAAAAGAUUAAUAUAAUCGUGACAAAGAGACUGUUUACAAUCAAAUCAUUCAGUUACUGUAUCAGAAUUAUAGAGGUAAACAAAGCAGCAAAAGGAUUCACGACCUGGACAGAUAAAGCCUUUGAUACUCAAACUGGUGUGGACUGGCAUCACCUGGUUCAAAGUGGUAUUUUGUUUCCUUCCUGUCUGACCAGCACGUUGCCUCAGAUGCACUUGCAGGAAAAGUGCACUUAAAACAGUACUUCAUUUGUGAAGUGGCUUUUAAUUUUAGGAUUUUUUAUGUAUUGUUCUUUUGUCAAUAGUUUCUGCAUUGUUUAUGAAAUGAGAAAUUAUGAAACUCGAGUCUUGUGCAAUUAUAUAUUAAUUUUUAAGUGUUAGAGCUUAUGGAACAUUUAAGACUGAUUGUUAUAUUUUUUGUUGAUCAGUGCUGUUUAAUGAAACAGCAAGGUUUAUUGCAGGAAUUUAUGUUGCUGUGUUUUGAAGAUGGCAAUCUUUUUUCUCGGCUGGAUGUGUGCCAGUGGAACUGAUCAUGUCACUAUGCAUUUUUUGCCUGACUUUAGCCUAGAGAAUGCAGGUUUUAGAGGCUAAAUCGUAUUUUUAAGACGUACCGUUGUGCAUUUGAUGGGCGGAUGUCAUCUGGGUUUCAUUUGAGUUGGGGAAGGGACUGUAACGGUUUCCUCUCACUGAGUGUCAUAAGUAUUUAUCAUCUUUUUCAUUAUGAAACAAAUGAGCUUCUGAAUCUCAGGUACAGAAAUGUUAAAAGCACCCCCAACAAAAUGUGUAUAUAUUUAUGUGUGUGUAGUGACUAGAAGGAGUAGCUGCCAGAAUUCCUGCCUGAGAGAAAGUCAACACUGUGCCAUCUUCCCAGGUGCUUUCAAGUUGCUCAUCUGGCAUUGCUCAGAUAUUUGUACAUAAUGUUAAAAAAAUCAAACACACACUGUGUAAAUACUGACAAGCUGUUCGUGAGCAGUCCCGUUAGUUUUAGGAAUAUUGUUAGGUUAAGUGUUCUUUUCCUUUUGCAGCUUGUCUUAAAAAAAAAGAAAAAAAAAAAGAAAAAAAAAGUUGUAACUCUAAAUUUCCUCUUAGAGAGUUCUUGUCCUGUAGGUGUAGAAAGCUGUCUUAAAUUAAAAAAAAUUGCAAGUAUUGUUGUAGUACACAUUAUCUCGCCUUUGACAGGGAACUUUAUGUGUAGAGUUUUAAUGUACUCUUUUUUUUAGAAUGCACCAGAAGUUGUGGUGUGUUGCACAGUGAGUGAGUGUACUGACAAUAUGGCUCAGAAAUGUGCAAGAAUAGUAAAACACCCCUCCCAUGUUCUAGUCUUACUUGUUUAUAAUGAAUUGUUGCAGGAGAAGACCAAAUCUGAUACCCUAAAGCUGGCCACUCUCCACAAACGUCUUGGUUUUGAGGGCAUUCCAACGUACUGAGGUGUGCAUUUAUCUACCUCUGAGGUUGACGUGUACAUGUAAAUGUGUUUAUGAACAUGUUUGUGCUGUGUAAAACAGAUGCAGUAUCUGCCCAUAAAUUUCUUGUGCUAAGAAAAGGGCAGGCCAGACUUCAUUUCAUGUCCCUAGACCUUUUUGAAGUAAGCCAUGGAGAAACAAAUGUGUCUGUGUAUACCUGUUUGUGCACUAUGUAACAUUAGUCACUUGCAGCUGUAAGAUGGGCAUAUUUAGCCUGUUUUGUUUUACACACCAUUAAGACUCGCACUCCUGCCAGCUGCAGUCUUCAGUGUGACUGACAAUCAGGGGCGAUGCGAAUACUGGCAGUUUGGAAACAUGGGAGGGACUGACAUUAACGGUGUUUCAGUUUCAGUGUAAUUCUGUUUCCAUGUGAAACAAGCUUUCUGACACAGUUUGUUUCUUUACAAAUUUAGCAUGAUUAAGAGAAAAAAAAAUUUGUAACUUUUUUAAAUUGUAUAUUAUUUACAUACAGAUUAAUGCGGUCUUACCAUUUUAUUUUUUAAAUGUCGAAACAAAAUAGCUUAAUAUUAAAAUAGAGGUUCUAAACACAGCCAAAGUUUGCAGAUUUUGUUUGCUUUGCUUAGGGUUUCUCAAAUACCUAGGCAGUAUUUUAAAAUGGCUCAAUUGUCUUAGCCUCUGCAUUUGCAUAACAUUUUUCUGAAUGGGGACACCAAAAAUUGAGUAGGUUUAGUACUUGGCUGUGCUUUUUACUCAGAUUAUCAGUAAUCCCCCUGCUUCCACCUCAUUGGUCUGCAUUGCUGCCCUUUUUAGUGUUGUUACCGAAAUAUAAUGCUUUAGAUACUGUGGUUCCUUUAGAAGCAAUGUCAGCAGAGCUGUAAAAUACUUUUACGUACAUUGGCCAAUAAACCAAAUCAUUCAUAGCCAAAAAAUACUUGUGCUUUGUAGCCAACUGCUUUGAUUGCUGAAUGUAGUUUAGCAAGGUCAUACUUAAGAAACAUUUGCUGCGUAAAAACACAUUGUCCCUCCCCCACCAACAAUACCACUCCAAAAUACUGAGUUUUGUUGUGUAGUAUAAUAAAAAGGUAAUACAGUAUCACUGCUGAGACAGGAGAGGAAAAGGUGCUAGUUUUACUGCUUUGUUGUCUUUGACAAAAAACAAACAAACAAACAAUUGGGCAUCUAAGAAAUCAGUGUCUGCUUUAGUAGAUCUACAGUUACUUGUAGCUUGACUGCUGUGGGUAACUUGUAAAGGAGUACUGUUAAUUGUAUACUGUCCAGUCCCCCCACCACUGGCAUCAAACUCACGCUCAGCUGAACUCUUUUCUUGUUUUCAAGAUGCAUGUAAAGCAAAGUUGUAAGUUCCUUGUAUUAACUGUUUAAUGAACAAUACUGUAAACAUUGAAAAGAGGAGGGUGGGAAGGAUCAUGACUGAACAUCUAGUUGAGUUUGUUUGCUGCUGAAAUGUGGCCAGACAACACUGCGUAGAAGUGAUGGAAAACUCUAGAUAUGUGUAGUGUGAAGUAGAAAUGUAAUUCAGCUUGCUGCUGCAUCAGGACUGUGCUGAUGUUAUUGACUGAGCAUGUUCUGUCUUCUGUGCUUUUUAAUUUGCUGUUUUCUUCGUGUGUGCUAAUUCAAAUUACCUUACUAAGAGUAGCUUUUGCUGAUAAUUGUACUUGUCUGUCUCUGUUACCCUUUCAUGUUACCAACAGUCAGUUUAUUUAACCCCUGCUAAAGCUGAUCCUUGUCCUAGAUAGCUGUCAUUUUCCUAAAGAUCGGUUAUUUUUGUAGGUUACUUAAAGCAGAAUGUAUUUGCUUGUACUUGGGGUAAAGUGCUUAAACCACACCACAGAAAAGUGGGGCCGUCA